GCCCGGUGGCAACGCCAUCCUUCCCAUUCGGGAAGCUCUUCCAUCAUCUUUAAAGAAAGCGUUUCAAUCCACCCACCAAUUUGAAUCCACCUCCCACCAUUCCUCAAACCGCAGCUCGCCUGCAACACAAGUCAAAAUGGGUGGCGAUCUCAAUCUCAAGAAAUCAUGGCACCCCUCGCUCCUGCGCAACCAAGAGCGCGUAUGGUCAGAGGAAAAACGCGCCCUCGAAGAACGCAAGAAAGUCGAGCAACUCCGCCGUGAGCGCGAUGAGGAGCGCCAGAUCCAGGAGCUCCAGCGACUGCAAGAAGACUCGGGCAAGCCGCGGCAGCAUAAUCGGGUCGACUGGAUGUACCAGGCGCCGUCGAGUGCGACGGGUCAUUACUCUGAGGAGAUGGAAGGGUAUUUACUCGGCAAGAGGCGCAUUGAUGGGAUUCUGUUGAAGAAUGAUGAUAGCAAGAAAUUGGAGAAGGGGGCAGAUUUGAUGGGUGCGCCUGCUGCUGCGCAGCCGGUUGUUGGGACGGGGAAUCCGAGGGAUAUGAUGACAAAGGUUAUGGCGGAUCCGUUGAUGGAGAUUCGGAAGAGGGAGCAGGCGGCGUAUGAGAAUGCGGUUAAGGAGGCGGCUGCGAGAGGGAAAGUAAUUGCUAGGGGCGAGAAGGAGAAGGAGAGGGAGAGAGAUCGUGGACAUAGGAGGAGUCGGAGGUAUAGCGACGAGGAAGGGGAUUCUCGGCGUCAUCGUCAUCGCUCGCAUCGGCAUCGGUCUAGGUCUCCUGCUUCACCCGAGCGGUCGUCACAUCGGAGACACAGAGACGAAAGAGAUGGUCGAGACCGCAGGGAUCGGGACCGUGAUCGCAGAGAUAGGGAUGAUAGGGAUCAUCGCUCGAGCAGACGCGGAGAACGUGAUGAGAGGCAUGAUCGGUCUUCUCGCAGAGAUUCGCUACAUGACAGAUCUCCUUCUCCUCGGGCCGAUCAUCGUCAUUCCGAUAGGCGUCGCACAGAUGGCAGGAACGGUGACUAUUCCAGAGACCAUGAUCGUCGCGAUAGGCCCUAUCGUCACUACGACAGAGACAGGAGAGACAACAGAGGCCCCAGAGACUCGUACCCCCGCGACCGUCCCAAUGACGCCGGGGCUGGAGACACGAACAAAGCAAAAGAACUUGAAGAAGAGCGCAAGCGCAAGCUGGCAGAGAUGCUGUCCAAUGCAGAUGAAGUGGAAGACACUCGUCGCCAACGGAUUGCCGAUGUUACAGCUAUGGAAGAGAAGCAACGUGAGGAAGACGAGAAGCAGCGCUCGGAAAAGGGUCGGUUUGUCGCAGGUCUCCAUCGUCAGCUCCAGGAAGAUAAUCUGGAUGACCGAAUCAAGCGUAGUCGUGGUGGGCUUUCUCGGAUGGAGGACUGAUGCCGCGUUUUCUCUAUCUUGUCUCCCGGGAGUGCUGAGGGUCGCAUAUUCCGUAUUUUGCAUCCAGCGUUCUUGACGGUCCUUUCUGGCGUUGUUGUUCACGGUUGUUCGUUGCUCCAUUUCAUAAGAUAUUCUCCCAUGCGUUGCGUUCAUUGUGAUGUUUUCAGUGGACAAUAUGAUAUCCCUUUAAGAUGAUAAUAAACUAGGAUCACUAUUCUGCUGGGUAGUUUACAAUUUUUCGCCGGACGCUAUUCCUACUUUUACUCAUUAAAUCACAGCAGGAGCAGUCAAAUAGAAAUGAACCAUUUAGUUAGUAUAUCCACAACCAUCUUCGACAUUCGAAGUACGGAGUAUAGAGACAGG